AACCUAUCGUAAUCGCUUGCGAGGAUGCGAUGGUGGUCGUGAACUCCACGUGAAAAAAAACCGAAGCUCGGCGCUUGUCGGUGCGAAACGUCAUGGAGGGGAAAAAGACCAGCUGUGGUUGCUUGUAUCAGAGACGCUGCUACCACCGUUUGAGCUGUCUUAGCGCGUCGAACGUAUGCGAUCACAUGUGCUUGUGCAUAGCGCGCAAGGUCCAAGGUCUCUGACAAGGAAGGAAGAGGCAGCGCCUGUGGAAACAACUUGCCAAAAACGUGAUCUUGGCUUGACGCGCGCGCGGGAGCCGCGAACACAGUGCAAACAGCUGGUUUCAACCAUUGCACCUUGAAGCGAUCUGUCGUCGCCGGCUGUCACUGUUGUUUUGUAUUUGCGCCACAGAAUACCUGCGGACUGGCUCGCGUUCGCUUUCAGCAGUCGACAGCGCAGUGGAAACGUCGGCACCCGCAUCUCCGAGACAGCUUGGCAGCUCAGCUGGUUAAACAGUUGAAAGUAUUAAUUGAGGAAACAUGAGUUCGCUCAUCAACCAUGUGGUUUUAUUUGUUAAGGACAUGCUCUGGUUAUACGUCCUGUCAGCCUAUUACCUUCUCUGGGAGUGCCUGCUGCGGAUAAAAAGUCAGCUCUCGCCGCCAGAGCAGAUGUCAUAUGGCUACAUGAUGAACAAAACUGUUGUAGUGACGGGAGGAUCAGGAGGCAUAGGGCACGAGACAAUGCGAGCGCUUUUAUCUCUGGGCGCUCGAGUUAUUGAUGGAAGUCCAGACACCAACUUCGAUAAGGAAGAGCGAAGGCGCUUGCUUUUGGAUGGCCAACCUACGGCACAAGUGGAGCUGUUGCAUCUUGACCUGGCCUCAAUGGCUUCUGUAAAGACAUUUGCAGAAAAUAUACUUAAAAGAGAAAGCAAACUUGACCUCCUUAUUUGCAAUGCUGGCGUGAUGCUGAUGCCAUACCAGGAAACAGAAGAUGGCUUCGAGUCGCACAUUAGCAUUAACUACCUUGGCCACUGUCUACUGACUGCCUUGCUGCUGCCUCUGCUGGUUGCUGCUGGUAACAAAGGACCAACAGCGAGAAUUGUUAAUGUAUCUUCGUGUGCACAUAAAGCUGCGAGCAUAAACUUGGAUGACCUCAACAGCAGAAAGAUGUACUCCUGUUACCGUGGUUACACUCGGUCAAAGUUGGCACAGGUGCUGUUCACAAUAUCGCUUGGAAAGCGUUUGCAAGCCAAAGCUAUUCCUGUGACUGUCAACUGCAUCCAUCCAGGAAUUGUGAAUACUCAACUUUACCAGAGGGUGUGGUGGGCCCCACUAGUUGCCAGCCUUGUUUUCAAGACACCAGAAGAGAGUGUUAAGACUGUACUGCAUGCAGCACUUUCGAAUGAGCUUGAAGGCAUCAGUGGGUGCUACCUGGAGGAAUGUGCACUGGCUCAGCCGCUCCCUGUGUGCAACGACCACUCCAUCCAAGAGAGACUUUGGAACAAGACAUGGGUGCUGCUCAGGCCAUGGUUGAACGAUCGUGCCAGCGUUGUGAACAUCCUGCUGGCCUCCUGAGACUUCAGAAAUCUAGGCACUGAACUGUGUACGGAUGUGACAAACUGCAGGGCUGAGGUUUUUGUAGCCAAGAAUAAUUGAAUUGCUCAGGCAUAAGUAAAAUAUGACAGUUUAUUCCUAAUUUCGUAUCACUUGUAAUGGCAGCUAAUGGAACAUCUGCAAAGAAAUAAAAAAGAAGAUAUAACAUA